AGCCCUACCCCCUUCCUGGGGACCCCACAGCACCAGCAAUAAGGGGAGGCUGGGGGGAGGGGUGGGUAUCAGCCUUGUCAUUUUGGCAUGGUGGGCAGGGGGAGGCACCUGGGCCUCAAGGCGGGGAGGGGGGAGAGGGUGUCCUGGGACCUCUGGAGUAAGGAAGCUGUCUUUCUCCCUGUCUUAUCUCCUUCUUCCCUUCCAGUGAAGAAGGAUGAGGAGGGCUUUGAGAUCUCAAUCCCAUUCAAUGAGACCCCUCCUCUAGAGUCACCCCAGAUCUUCUAUGGCCUGAGUCCACCCCAGGGCAGCUUUGAGGAGCCCCCGGAGCCCACGUCCCCCACCCUGGCGCUGAUGAACAGCGUGAAAACUCAGCUUCACAUGGCCCUGGAGAGGAACUCGUGGCUUCAGAAGAGAAUUGAGGACCUGGAGGAAGAGAGGGACUUCCUUCGCUGUCAGCUGGACAAGUUCAUCUCCUCAGCCCGCAUUGAUGCAGAGGACCACUAUCGGGGGAAGCCUGGCCCCAGGAGGGCAGAGGGCGCGGAUGGCCGGGGCGGAGGGGAGGCCUCAGACCCGGAGUCGGCGGCCUCAUCCCUCAGUGGUGGCUCCGAGGAGGGGGGUUCCGCUGAGAGAAAGCGCCAGAAGCAGAAGGGGGCGGCUGGCCGGAGGAGAUUCGGGAAGCCCAAGGCCCGGGAGAGGCAGAGGGUGAAGGACGCUGAUGGGGUGCUGUGCCGGUACAAGAAGAUCUUGGGCACCUUUCAGAAGCUGAAGAGCAUGUCCAGGGCCUUUGAGCACCACCGGGUGGACCGGAACACGGUGGCCUUGACCACGCCCAUCGCCGAGCUGCUCAUUGUGGCUCCUGAGAAGCUGGCUGAGGUGGGCGAGUUUGACCCAUCCAAGGAGCGGCUGCUGGAAUACUCCCGCCGAUGUUUCUUGGCGCUGGAUGACGAGACGCUGAAGAAGGUGCAGGCUCUCAAGAAAAGCAAGUUACUACUGCCUAUCACAUACCGCUUCAAGCGGUGAUCCCGAGUCCCGCCCCCACCGUAUGCCCAAGCCAGCUGCUGCCCGUCACCUGCCUUCUCUCCCUCCACCCUGCAUCAGCCUUAUGGUUCUUGGGCCUGGAUGCCCAAGCCAGCCGGGCCCGUCACCUCCCCGUUCAUGAAGCAGACCCUUGCCAUUUCUUUUUCAUGGUCCGUCACACUUCUGCCCAGAUCCCCCCAGAGCGGCUGUCGGCCUUCGCGUGGUGAGCCACCUGGCUGCCCACCACGUGACUCUCUCCUCUGCUUCUUCUAGAAGCAGGUUCUCCGAGCGACAAUCCUUUUAGCUGUGCUCUUGAGGUGGCCUCCAGGGGCAGUGGUUGGCUCAUAUCCCAUGCCGUCCUUUCUCAACCAGGAGACCCCUAAUGCCCCAUUCUGGUUCUCCUGCCAACGACGUCUCAGAUCCAACUAAUGCGUCAUUUACCAUUGCACCUUGCCCAACCAGUCCUCAAGGAGCCCCACAAUGCUCAGAUUUUGGGUGGGAUCCUGCCCUUCCCUCUUCUAUCCCUUCAGCACCACCCCUGCAGCAGGCGAGGGUGCUGGGUGUGAGUGCACGUUGAGUGGUGUGUUUACAUGUGGUUCCAGGUGGAAGAGGGUGGGGCUUCCUGUCUCAUCCCUCGCUAUCCUCUGGUGGAGACGGGAAGGCAAUGUGUAUGUAUGUAUAUAUUUACUGAACAUCUCCCCCUUUGGCCUUUCGUGAUAUCAGCCUCUGUUUCCCACCCUUGUUGCCCUGGCCUGGGUUCCUCUAUUCCAGUUCAGAUCUCCUUGACCCGAACCUAGAGACUAGGGAGUGUCCGCAGGGAUGCACCAAGUGGCCAGGCGUCAUUCAUUGCCUUUGGAGCUAGGACAAGGGAGCCAUUGAAAGAACCAUUGAUGGGGAUACGGAGACCUGGCUUCUCGUCCCCUCUCUGGGUAUGACUCACUUCCCUUCCCUUCUCUAGGCCUGUUUCCUUCUUUGAAAAUAAGGGAGUUAAACUCGAUGAUUUCUAAGGUGGCUGAGACCUUGGUCUCUUGAAUUGUAACAAUGGAGCAGAUGGGACGAGGUGCUCUCAUUAGGUCACUGUGUGACCUCGAGCGAGUCUGGAAUGAUGGGGCUUGGACUCCUGGGUGAGAACGUCGGGAUUCUCCUCCCCGACCACCGAGUGAGCCCGCUGCGGGGGCCUGCGCUGGAGACGGAGGGUGUGCCACAGAGCCAGGGAGCGCCCCCUCUCUGAAGCACCAGCCGCCGGCCGGGGGCCAACAGAUAAAAUAAAGUGUUCAGAGUUUAAAUUAAAAGUUAACCAGCAGAUUGGAA